AGCCGGAAGUCUGUGAGGAUGGUCUAUUGGUUUUUUUCUCUUCGCUUCAGUUUUUUCAUCCUUUGGUUUUUUUUUUUUUUUUUUUCCGCUUUGCUUGUUAUUUUUUUUCCCCGAGCAGGAGGGCACUACAGACACCGCUGUCUGCUAGCUAACUGUAUGUUAAUCAGCACGUCGGGCCCGAUUAACUACAAGAUGCAAGGAGCCGAAAUGGAGUCCUUCUCUUGAGCCAGGGCUUAUUUUAAACAUUAUCACGGCCUACAUCUCAUUUUGUGGCGUUUUCAUAAAAAAAUGAUGGAAGAUUCUCAUUUUAAUUCAUCGUAUUUCUGGUCUCCAAUCCCCACAGUACCUGGACAGAUCGAGAAUGCCAUGUUCCUGAACAAGAUGAAGGAGCAGCAGGAAAAGAACGCUUCUUUCGCUGCUUCCUCUGCAUCCCACUAUCAAACAGCCCUUCUCACCAUUCCCACUCCUGGGACAAAGACAGAUGGUGGAGGGCAUGUCGGUGGUGUGGCACAACUCCACCCUCCUCACAGCAACCAGAACAUGCUGUCUGUCCCCUCCACAGGCAUCAUGACAGCAGCGGGUCUGGUCAUCACAACUCCUCAGGGAACACUCGUCUCUCCCACCUCGUCUCAGUCGUUUGUCUCUGGUCACCCAGCAACCACCAUGAUUGUUUCAGCGCUCCAUCCUUCAGAUAAAAAAGAAGGGGAUGCGGCGUCGCAUGUGGUCGUGAUGCCAGCGCCCUCAAAACGAGGACGAAAGAAGAAGGCAACGGUGGCCAGGAUCGGCCCAUCAGGAAAUGAAACGCUUAUACUGGCCCAUCUGGCCAGUGGCCAGGUGGCAACUUUGCAGCAUCACCCUGGAGACCCCUAUGCUCUGUCAAAUGAAGGUGAAGACCGUGUGCGUAAAGAUAGCACUAAAACAUACAGGUGCCGGAUGUGUGCGGCGACCUUCCUCAGUAAGUCUGACAUGCAGAUCCACUCCAAGUCGCACACAGAGGCCAAACCUCACAAGUGUCCUCACUGCGCCAAGUCAUUCGCCAACUCCAGCUACCUGGCCCAGCACAUCCGCAUCCACAGUGGGGCCAAGCCUUACACCUGCUCCUACUGCCAGAAAUCUUUCAGGCAGCUCAGUCAUUUACAGCAGCACACACGAAACCAUACAGAGUCAAAGCCCCACAAGUGUCCCCACUGCACCAAGUCAUUUGCCAAUUCUAGCUACCUGGCCCAACAUAUCCGCAUCCACACUGGAGUGAAACCCUACUCCUGCUCCUACUGCCAGAAGUGCUUCAGACAGCUCAGUCACCUUCAGCAGCACAACAGGAUUCACACCGGAGAUCGACCAUACAAGUGUUCCCAUCCAGGAUGUGAGAAGUCGUUCACGCAACUCUCAAAUUUACAGUCCCAUCGGCGUCAGCACAACAAGGACAAACCCUACAAGUGCACCAACUGUAAUAAAGGAUACAUAGAUGCAGCAAGCCUGGAGGUUCACAUGUCUACACACACGGUCAAACACGCAAGGAUCUACUCGUGUGGUCUCUGCAACCGCACUUAUACCUCAGUAAGACAAAUGUCCAUUUCUGAAGAACAUUACUACAUGAAACACUAUGAAUCACCUCACUGGCAUCAGACACCUGGCAGCUACUUUGCACCGUGUAGUCAUAUGUCCACUGUUUCCCCUCUACCUAUCCUCCCCUCAUCGCAGGAGACGUAUCUGGUGAAACACAUGGAGAAACACAGCCCAGACCAGUUGACUGCACCGGCAGCACAGUCGGCACAACAGAACCAGAACCAAAGCCAGAGCCAGGCAGAGAGCGCAGCUGGAGGAUCGAGUCGAGCUGGGGGAGCUGGGAGUGGAGGAGCAGGCGGAGGGCAGCAGGGGCAGAGCCAGGGCGGCUACCCCCAGUCGGAAAGCAUUUCCUGUCCAUUUGACAUGCAUCAGUAUAAGACAGUGUCUGCAAGUGACAUCCAGUACAAACCAGUCACUGUAGCAGACCUUACUUCCAACAAGGACCUCUGUCUCACUGUGUCAGCGUCCGCUAUUCAAGUGGAGCACCUCAACUCCUAGGAGGGAUGAAAGGAAGAAGUUCGGGGCUUGGAGAAGUUAAAAUGAAUUCAAGGAAUGGAAGAUGGAGAGCGGAAGGAUAUAAGCAAUACUAAGAUAAUACAAGAACUUUGGAACACACAAAUGACUGUGCCUGGGUGAUGGUUUGAGACGGACGGGACAAACAACAUGGUGACGCAGUAUACUGAAUGCUAUAAAUUUGUUUUAAUUCUUUUAGUUUUUUUUCUGCCUUGUUUGAUUUUUCUUUUUUGUCUUUUGCUGAGCUGUCUUGUCUGAGUAGAGAGUGCAUGUAAAGGCUGCAAUAAAAUAUGUUUCAGUCCAUCACAGUGAUGGUUAAUAAAGGGAAGACAGUCAAAGAGACAGUGCUUCUCUUUAUUCUUGUUUCAUCACCUCCUGCUCUUCCCUAAAAAUACAGCUUUGGCCACGGCAAUUUAAAGCCUCUCUGUUAAUAAAAUUGGCAGUUGACUGCGAAGGUAAAUUUUUAUACUUUGGUAAAGAGACAUCAGUGUUAAUACCUCUAUCAUGUUGUAAAAUACACACCCACAAUUAAGUCUUUUUAACUUUAAAGGGGACAUAGCGGUUACUUCCUGUUCAGGAAUGAAAAAAAAAAAAAUCAAUCAAGUAUAUAUAUAGAUAUAUACUACCAGUUUAUAAAGUAUGAUUGUGUGUUUAAAGGAUGUGGUAAUCCAUAUAACCGAGACCUAUUUGCAGGCGUUCACUACCUUCAGGGAAGUGACAAGCCAUUUCACUUUUCAUGUAAUCCUAUUGUACUGCUUUGUGUCUAUGUCCUAAAAGUAAUGUUAUCCAAAUGUGUUUAUGCUAUUGUACUUCCAUGAUGACAAUGUUUAUAAGACUUCUUUAUGGACAUACUGGCACAUCUGAAAUUUGUGUUUUUAUUUUCAGUUUAUAAUACAAUAAACCAUCUGAAAUAUUUGU